AUGGCUUACGAUGGAUAUCAGAACAACCCAGCCCCCUUCUAUCAACCGGGCAAUGCGAAUCAAAUGAAUCCAAACGAGCCCCGCACUUCGUCUUACACGCCGCCUUAUCCAUCGCAGUAUGGCCAUGAACGCCACAAUAUGCCGCAACCUCAAGUUCCUCCUCCACCCCCAGCAAAUCCAUACGCGGAUGUUCAACCUCCCCCAACGCAGCCGCCUACCUGGCAACAGCCUUACAAUGGGAGGAUCAACGAGGCUGUUAACUCCGCAUUUCACAAAGCUGACACAUCUACCUAUCUAUCCCCGGAGGUUUUGACCCAGAUAACGGCGAAUGUCAUCCAACAGCUCAAAGAGACGGGUUUGGAGAACCUACAAAGCGACCAAUACCAGCCCCCGCAGCCCCCGCCUCGGCCGCCCAAACAAUGGGCAACUGCUGCGCAUACUACGUACUCCAAUGACUUCGCCUCUUCUCCGGUCAUGGCGACACAAGAUACUUCAGCCUCGUCGUCCCACGUCGCCUAUGAUAAUCCCGCUUAUCAACCACGGCCACCGUCUACGGGAUACUCCGGCAGCCCCCAUCUCCAACCCAGAGCAUCCCCGGCACUGCCAUCAGAAAGACGAGGAUCUCCAGCUAGUCAGAUGAGUGACCAUAGCCAGAGAAUGGAAUCCCGACCAAAACCACCGUCGAGAGAGGCCACCGUCACGGAGCUGACGACGCUAGAAAGAAUAUGGGGGACGCUUUUUGAGGAUGGAAAGCCAACUAAGAAACUGACUCAGUUCUUGCGUGGGAUUGCUGUUCACUUGAUCGAAGACUAUGAACCCAAAAGCAGUCUAGUCAUACUUCCCACAAAGCUACAGAAGUUUUAUGAAGACACCAGAGUACCAGGGGACUAUUAUCCUUGGAAAUAUAUCUUCGAUGAUGAGACGUCGCACGUUUCAAGGUUGUUCCGAGAAGUCAAAGCCGAACACCAUCUCGUGCAGGAAGAGAAUCAGCUCCAUGAUAGACCAUAUAUUCCUGGCCUCACGCCGCGAGGCUUUGAGACAUGGGCUACCUUGAUGAUACAAGUCAACCCCGAGACGGAAUAUAAGCGACUGCAGAAAGCAGUGCUGAACAUGCCUAUUAGCAACCCAGACAACAGAAAGGAGAGGUUUCCCAAGGAGAUCCCACAAUCGUUAUUCCCUUUCGAAAAAAUACUAAAGCCUGAGAUGCAACAACAUAUAAAGGAGUGUAUACAGGAGCAUUGCAGAGUUGACUUGGAUAAGGAGUUUGAGAAAUUCAAAGCGCAUCACGAAGCUCUGCCACAUCCACUGCCGCUCCGGGUCCUUCACACAGUGAGCGAGAACGAAAGCCAUACCAGGCAACGACAGAGGAAACCAUACACCGCGCAUCCGGGAGGUGGAAAGGAGUAUGGUGACUUUCAAGAACCUACCCAUCGGCAUGCAUCCUCGUUUUCCGCAGGCUCCGUUCCAAGGGAUACUUUAGCUUCCUCCGAGCCCAGAGCUUCCGAGUCUCAGGGCCUUGAUCCUACCUACGUUCGACCAAGCACUACUCAGCCUCCUCUAACCACGAUGAGGCGGUCAGGGAGCCCGCCACGAGGAUCCAGGAUAGGUAGUGAAUACAGACACUCUGAGGGUGACUUGCUGGGGUACAAUGGUAGCCCUGGAUACGGAGUCGACGAUGUUCACUAUUACCGUUCUGGCGCCUCAGCCAGCUCAGGAGACAUACUUGAAGACAAUCGAUUCUACCGAGACUCUAGCCGUGAUGAAGACCAACGACUGUACGAGUCUCUCCGAGAGCGUGAACGGGAGCGCGAGAAGAACAAAUAUAACGAUUACAUUCCCCAUCGAAGCAGUUGGGAUGGAGAAGAAGGCUACUAUCGCAACGCACCCGGUAGUCAAGGAGGUCCAGUUAGCAGCGGUAGUGGGUAUGACUACAAGACGUAUACCUAUAAGUGA